AUGUACGGGCCGCCGUCCCGCGGCGCCGGGGGAGCCGGUGCCUCCGGCGAGCAGCCUAGGGUUUACCAAGUCUGGCGGGGAAGCAACGAGUUUUUCUUGCAAGGCCGGUUCAUAUUUGGACCUGAUGUGAGAUCCUUGUUUCUCACUAUAUUCCUCAUUCUCGCACCAGUGGUGAUCUUCUGUAUAUUUGUGGCCAGACAUCUUAUCAAUGACUUUCCUGAUCACUGGGGAAUUUCAGUUAUGGUCAUAGUUAUCGUCUUCGCAGUAUAUGAUUUGACAUUGCUGCUUCUUACCUCUGGUAGAGAUCCUGGUAUAGUGCCUCGUAACACCCAUCCUCCUGAACCUGAAGCCAUUGAUAUGAACAAUGAUUCUGGAAAUGGUCAGACACCACAGCAAUUGCGUUUGCCACGGACAAAGGAUGUAAUCGUAAAUGGAGUCAUUGUGAAGGUCAAGUACUGUGACACCUGCAUGCUGUAUCGACCACCUCGAUGCUCACACUGUUCUAUCUGUAAUAACUGCGUGGAGCGCUUUGAUCACCACUGUCCUUGGGUUGGGCAAUGCAUAGGAUUGCGCAAUUAUCGGUUCUUCUAUAUGUUUGUAUUCUCUACGACAUUACUCUGCCUAUAUGUGUUUGGCUUCUGCUGGGUGUACAUUGUCAAGAUCAGAGAUGCAGAACAAUCGUCGAUCUGGAAAGCAAUGUUGAAGACACCAGCAUCAAUGGUUCUGAUCAUCUACUGCUUCAUCUGUGUGUGGUUUGUAGGUGGCCUGUCUGUCUUCCAUUUCUACCUGAUGAGCACUAACCAGACAACCUAUGAGAACUUCAGAUAUCGCUAUGAUCGGCGGGCCAAUCCAUACAACAGAGGGAUUGUGAACAACUUCAUGGAGAUCUUCUGCACUGCAGUCCCUCCUUCCAAGAACAAUUUCCGAGCUAGAGUCCCAGCAGAGCAAGGUUUACAGCAAUCACGUGCACCAGCAAGGGGAUUCAUGAGCCCGAAUAUGGGCAAACCUGUUGGAGAUUUUGAACUGGGUAGGAAGCCAAUAUCCUGGGAUGAACCUCGGUCGGCAGCUGAUAUCAGAGACUUGGAGGUUGGUCUAGGCGGCCUAUUGGAUGAGAAAGAAGGCAGAAUAGCCCAUGCAUCCCCAGAUUUGAGCAGAGAAGGCCUUCCUGAGCUUACGGAAGGUAGGGCUGGUAUGCAUUCGAGGCGAUCAAGUUGGGGUCACAGAAGUGGGACAUCGGAGUCAAUGGACAGUAUUGCCGUGCAGAUGGGAACAGGAGAAUCUCACUGGGGCUCGAUUAGCAGUGUCCAUGGUGGUACUUCCGGUGGAGCUCACUAGCACACCGCAGCAGGUUUUAACUCAUCGUCUCGUGAAACCCGCCUCUGAUACUGAACGAAGAAGCAACAACCCUGUGUGUUUCUGCGCGCUUGUGCUUUUGCUUCACCUAGGAUAUACGUCAGUGCUUUCUUACUCGUGUCUCUGUUGUUUCAUCCUGGAAGCGAAUCAGUUCUUCUGAUGUUGUCCUUCCUGUUUGGUGUUCUAAGCAAAAAAUAACAGAAGAGCUCCUCAACUCCCUAGUGUUUUGGAUGACUAUCUAUGUCUGUAUAUAUAUCAUUGGAAAUUGGAAUUGUCUGUAACAAGGGUUGGCCAGUAUUUUGGUUUGCACGCAUCGAAAA